AGUUGUCUGUGAGGCUGCGGAGCGUGAAAGUAUCGCAGGGUGCGCGGAAAAUCGAUUCGGUUCCGGCAAAAGUUUCCGCAUGAGGAUAAGCAGCGGAGGGAUUGUCAUAGUCUAUUGUAUCUGCAAGUAGGCCAACAAAAUGCAAGUCGUCCCAAUUGUGUUUGCGGUGAUACAGUGCUGUUCAGUGUUAGCACAACGAGAUUCAGGUGACUUCAAUCCGAACGGAGAUACAGUUUCUUCGGUGCUGAAUCCCAACGAUGGCAGCACCUUCGUCCAAGUCAACAGCGGAUUUCAGGCUCAGAACAGUUUACCACAACAGUCCCAAGGUCAAGGAUUGAGUGAUGCGUCCUCGGACGUUCAGCAGAGGAACUACCAGAAAGUAGGCGUCGACUUUGACAGAGGAAAGUACGUAGAUCCAUUCUCGGUGGACUUCGAAUACCACGACUACGAUGAAAUGACGAAGCUUCUGCGACAAACUACAUCUAGAUAUCCGUCCCUAACUGCCCUCUAUUCCAUCGGAAAAUCCGUCCAAGGAAGAGAUUUAUGGGUCAUGGUAGUGUCUGCAUCUCCAUACGAGCACAUGAUUGGAAAACCGGACGUCAAAUAUGUAGCAAACAUGCACGGAAAUGAAGCAGUCAGCAGAGAACUCAUGUUGCAUUUGAUUCAUUUCCUUGUUACAAGUUAUUCUAAAGAUCCCUACAUCAAAUGGCUUCUGGAUAACACCCGAAUUCAUAUAAUGCCUUCAAUGAAUCCAGAUGGAUUUGAAGUUUCAAAAGAAGGAACUUGCGAUGGAGGACAAGGAAGGUACAAUGCACGAGGUUUUGAUCUCAACAGAAACUUCCCUGACUACUUCAAACAGAAUAAUAAGAGAACCCAACCAGAAACAGAGGCAGUGAAGGAAUGGGUUUCAAAGAUACAAUUCGUUUUGUCUGGAAGCCUGCACGGAGGAGCCCUAGUAGCAAGCUACCCCUUCGACAACACCCCAAACUCUAUAUUCCAAAGUUACUCCUCCCCAUCAUUGACACCUGACGAUGACGUAUUCAAACAUUUGGCUCUGACUUACUCGACGAAUCACGCUAAGAUGAGCCGUGGCGUUUCUUGCAAAACAUCACAGACCUCCUUCAAAAGGGGUAUAACGAAUGGAGCAGAAUGGUAUCCUCUGACAGGUGGAAUGCAGGAUUUCAAUUACGUUUGGUACGGCUGCAUGGAAGUGACUCUGGAGGUGUCUUGUUGUAAAUUCCCCCCUGCUCAUGAGUUGCCCAAAUAUUGGGAGGACAACAAAUUGUCUUUGAUCAAAUACCUAGCCGAAGCCCACAGAGGAGUGCAAGGCUUCGUCAUAGACGAGAACGGCAAUCCCAUUGAAAAGGCUUCGUUGAAAAUCAAAUCGAGAGACGUGGGUUUCCAAACGACGAAGUACGGCGAAUUCUGGAGGAUAUUACUGCCCGGAGUUUACAAACUGGAAGUAUAUGCAGACGGCUACAUUCCAAGAGACCUAGAAUUCAUGGUAGUCGAUGAACAUCCCACUCUACUCAACGUCACUCUACACGGAGCAAAGCCUGGUCAGUAUUUUCCACCACCGGUGACUUCUCCACCCAAAACUAUUCUAUCUAUCGACAAUAGUAACAUACGUCAAUUAGCUGAUGAUUCUGUCACUUUUCCCAAAGAAUGAAGAACGUAGAAAGGAUGGCAACGUGUACCGGCCCCAGCAACAGUUCUUCCAUCGCCCCGUAUACCAGCAGCAACCUCAAGAAACCGGUAUAUUCUCUUCUAUUAGCAACGGAUUCUCGAAUCUGGUCAAUUAUUUCGGUUGAGGAAUAAUUGCUGGAUCUGAUAUCAUCGCACUGAAUAUUUAUUUAUGUGUCACGAAUUGUUAAGUCUGAUGCAAGAAGGGCAGAGGCGUUUAUUUCAUUUUUCUACAAACGUCAAAAAAUGACUAGGUUCGCGCCUUGAUAACAAAUACCUUGCACAAAACAAUGCGCGAAGUAAAACAGUGCGCGAAGUACCUACUUCGCGCAUUAUUAUGUAAAAUAUAUGAGAUAUUUAUAUUUCAACUUUAUGGUCCUCAAUCGGGCAAACGUCCACGAAAUCAUUUAUUUCUGAAUGUUCAACAAUAACUUUGUUUUAUCUCUUGGAGCGCACGAAAUGAAAUUCCUAUUAUGUUCGUGGAACAUCGUGCGUACCUAGGGAGGAUAGGGGGAGGCCUUUAAGCCAGUUCAACACUAUUUUUUGUAUCAAGCUGAGGAUAUUUUUACUUUAGAACUUUAUUUAUGACGUUUGUAGAAAAAAUGUUGUUUGCAACUCGAGCGCGAAAUACUUUGGUCAUCUCGACUAUUUUUUUAACUCGGCUACACCUCGUUAAAAAAAUCAGAUCUCGAUCACCAAAGUAGCAUUUCGCGCUCUAGAUACAAAAAUAACUAUUUUGAUAGGAUACAAUCGUGAGAUUUAGUACAAAUUGAAAAAUAAGGCAGCUAAUGCGUCACUUUAUUCAACAUUGAUUUCACGAAAAAAAAAAUCCAGUGGUGCGACAAAACUUGAACAAAUUGCGAUUUCAAGGUAUUUCCCAAAGAUGCCGGAAGUUUCAUUUUAUUAAAUAGAAAUGGUUUGGUUGAAUGUCAUUCUUGCACCAGAGCCCUAAAUGCUUUGAUGAAAAUUAAUGUUUGCAAUAACGAUAUAAAAGCACAUUGUGAUUUUAUUGAAGAAUGUCCUCUUCUGCACUUGCCCAAUAUAAAACAUACCUUGUGUUAGAUAUUAAGGAAUAAUGUUAUCAGAAUAUUUAUUAUAUAAAAAUUUGUGGAAUAUUUAUUUUGUCUGUUAUUAACACAAAGAAAUCAUGUAGGCUUAGAGUAUGUUAAUUCAACAUGUCAUUCAGUGAAUGUAAAACUAGUCUGUCCAAUAUUCAGUGUAUUUUCAAUAACAGGCAAUAAAAAAAUAGUACAUUGUUUUAUUAGGAUCAAAUGUGACACUUUGUUUGACAAGCGAAUCAUGCGAGUCAAACAGUCACUUUUGAUCCGAAUGAAACAUGUAUUUUUUCUGCAAUCGAAAUAAUUGAUAUCUAAUUAAUAAAAUAUAAAUAAAAAUACCACUAUUUUGAGUCACUUGAGCAUGCCAGUGUCAAAGCAGCUAUCAUAUUAGCUGUUAUUCGACACGUUUUUAGUUCCUAGGAGGUAAACCGUUUUUAGUUCCUAGGAGUUAAACUUCAACUUUAGCUCCUAGACACUAAAUGUGUUGCCUAGCAACAUACACUAAUCAUUUCAUUGUGUCAGUAAGAGAAACUUCAACUUCAAUGGCUAAUUUUGGAACGAAAAUGGUAGACUUUUGAGCCGAUUGCAGAAAAAGUAUACUUAUUUACGUUGAAAUACACUCAUGACAGCCAAAAUAUGCGACUAGUUCUGCAAGAUAAAAAGAUUUCGGAGAAUAGUUAGGAUAGAAGUGUUUCCUAAGUAUGUGUUUGAUUCUUUGUGUUAUAGGAAUCACCGCCAUCUAUUUAGGAAACAUUCUGUACACUUAUUGCAACCUUUGCCAAGUAAUAGAAAUGUUUCAUUGAACUAAAAUAUGUUAUUAAUAAUGAUAUAUAAUAUUUUUGAAUGUUAUG